UAAAUAGGCGCCGUCAGAAGAGUCGUCGGUCCGAUGACUACGAGACGUGUGGUGACGCCGCGUUUUUACAACAGUGAAAUUAAUCUGGGUUUGCUAUGCAUCUGCAUGCAAUCACUCUCCUUCUAAGUUUCUGGCUAACUCCUUCCUUCGCACUUCAUGAAUCAGACGCUGGCGUGGUCGACUGGCACAAACGACUCGUCGGUGUUCCGAAUACAGAAACGAUACAUACUUCCCCAACCUUCCAUAGUGUCUCAACACGCAAACGAAAUUCAAAAGUAGUAUUAACGGCCACAAAAAGUAAUGUUCUAGCAGCUCUUAACCCGUUGAAUGGUUCCGUGGAAUGGAGAUAUGUUUACGAGCCUCAAGACAAUAUUGUGACCUUUCAAAAGCAAGAUUCAGUUGUUACAAGCCUAUCUGGCCCUGGAGGUGCUACUUUGCGGUCGUUCAACGUGUUCAAUGGCAACAUGUUACUUGAGAGACGUUUGCAUGAGCCAGAAACAGGGCUUCUUAUACAGCCGAACAAUCUUGGGGCGUUCAUCACAUUCGGGAAGCAGAGCAACGAAAUCUAUACAUUAACCAAUGGAGCGACGGUCAACUUCAUCAACGGUGGGACAAUAUCUUGGAGUUGGACUUCUGGGGACCAAGGAUCUCGGAUCCUGUACUCUACCAUCUCUGCAUCGGAUGACGCUUUGUAUGUUGUCGGACUCGAGUCUUCUUUCGCGUCAUACGUGCUACAUGUUACAGCGCUUUCUCCAAUCACCGGUCAACUCAUUUCCUCGUCGACUAUUCCUUCCCACAUCUCCAACGGACUCGACGAUUUCCUAGUACUAUCUCGUACUAUCGUUUGGAUCGAGAAUGGAAAGAUCAAAUGUUUCGUACUCUCGCCUCUAUUGAAAGGGAAGACGACGGUGCUGCAAGAUGCCUCGUACAAGAAGCUACUGGACAUUGGACUUGGUUCUCAUGGCUUGUUUAUCGCUCUGAAAGAUGGUUCUAGCCACAUUGUAUCCUGUGAUGAUGGAGAUUUGGUCCCCGUCAGAUAUUUCGAAGGACCAACUAGCGAGGUUUCUUAUGCUGGUGGUCUUAGUAAAGAUGGACAUCCCUAUGUAUCAGGCUUACACUGGUCACCGAACUCGGAGGUUGUCACUGUAGAGAUAUACUCGCCUGAACUGGCAAGUCCGGUUAUUGAAUAUUCUCUCCCUUUCGACGCGAAAACUCAUGGGUCCAUUUCUCAUGUGGCAAUUGAAUCUGCCACUGAUGUGAUUGGACGUCUCUUCCUCACGACCACCACUGGCGCCAUCCAGGUUUGGGAACAAGACAAACACAUCUGGACACGCGAAGAGGGGCUCUCUGAGCUGAAAGCCGCGAAAUUCGUCGAGCUUCCUGAGCGAUUAUCAGUACUCGGAGGCGAAGGGCGGUCAGGAGAAGGCUUUGUGGGACGACUUAUAAGGCAGGCAAAGGAUGUCAAGGAUCUCCCUAACUACAUCAUUCGUUUUGCCAAACGCUUCGCUACUGGUUCAUACGAAUCAGCCACUUCCUCGGCGACCUUUUCUGCUCCGUCUUCGUCUGCUCUACAACUCCCAUACAGAGACGCCUUUGGUUUUAGACAAGUUCUGGUCGUAAGCACGUCGUACGGAAAGGCAUACGGUAUCGACACAAGCAAUGGCGACAUUUUAUGGAAUAGAGUUCUUGGAAUCGGACAGGAUCCCGUUGCAAACGCGGUUCCUUUCGGAGAUAAACUAUUCAUUAUGAAGACUGUUGGGGAUGCAGACAUCAACUCGGAAGCAGGUCCCGAAGUCGUUAUCCUUGCGAAAAGCAGAGUUGAAGAGAAUGUGUUAUUAUUCCAUCUGGAUGCUCUAACGGGACAAGAUAUACUGCAGCCUUCGACUUUCGUUGAACUCUUGCACGGGUCUAUACAUGAUACGUACAUGCUACAACUCAGUGGGAAAAAAGUUAUCGUCCUGCUAGACUCUGAACUGAAGGUUCACCUGUACCCUGACAACGCUGAGUCUCAAGAACUCUUCUCGAAUGCUUCUGCCCUCUCGGUUCCUUUACGUAUCACUUCCUCGCAAGGACAUCGUCGUCUCGUAGGACACCAAUUCAGUACGAAGCCCAAUGUCAAUGGUCAAUCCGAGUACUUCGCUUUUCCUACUUGGACUCUUUCACUCACCGAGGGACAUGAUGUCCAGGCUAUCAUCAAUCCUAUCCGUGAUCCAGUUGCUUCCAUUGGAAAAGUCCUAGGAAAUCGAACCACGUUAUACAAAUACCUCAACCCUCACGUUGUGUUGGUCCUCACAACACCGCAUUCGUCCACCGCUUUAACCUCAAACGCUCAUUGUGGACUGUAUCUAGUUGAUAGCGUGAAAGGCAGCGUGGUCUACGAAGCAACGUUGCCUACAGAAGGGAACGUGUGUAAUGUCAAAGCAACCUUCACGGAAAAUUGGCUGAUAUACCAUUACUACGACAAUGAGUACGAAGAUAUUGGACAUACCAAGGGCUAUAAAGUGGUGACCGUAGAAUUGUAUGAGGGCAAGCAAAUUGAUGAUAAAACCUGCAGCUCAGAAUUAAGCUCGUAUUCGGAGAAAAUGAUGGAAUACACGACAUACGAACAAUCUUUUGUCUACCCGCACGCCAUAUCUGCCAUCACACUUACAUCCACCAAAUUCGGAAUAUCAAGUAAAGACGUUAUAGUUGCGAAUGCCAAUGGAAAAAUUCAAUCUUUCUCCCGAAGAUUGCUAAACCCGCGCCGUCCAAUCGGCCGCAAACCCUCAUCUGAAGAGCAGGAGGAAUACCUCGUUCAGUACGAUCCGUUACUACCCGAUGACCCUCGCAAGGUGAUUUCACACAACUACGAUGUGGCGCACAUUCGAUCGAUCACUACGUCUCCUGCACUUUUGGAAUCAACUUCGCUAGUGUUUGCGUAUGGACUCGAUUUGUUCCUCACCAGAGUCGCGCCAUCAAAUACUUUCGAUAUUCUCAACGAAAGCUUCAAUAAGGUGCAGCUUGUGGUAACUGUGAUGGGACUAGCUGUCGCUAUCUUAAUCACUAGGCCGAUAGUAAUGAGGAAGAAGCUACGGGAAAAGUGGUACUCGUGAGUUUUGUAGCUGUAAUAUAUAUAUCUUGCAUUGGCUUUAUAUGCAGAUGAGAUUGGGAGGAGCUGCUGGCUGCACGACUGAGUUCUCAUCAAGGGGGUCAGAAACAACUCUGUAAGUGCUCAGCGCCGAG